AUGAGCACACCAGUUGCAAUCUCAAGAAAAUCAUCAUCAUGUUUUUGCGGAUACAACUCAUCCCCAAGCGGAAGCAACCGCAAAAGAAUAAGACUCCCCGGGGUUUCCAAUUAUGAAGACAUGCUGAUGGAAGGCAUGAAGAAUCUCUCUUUCGAUCAGAUUCAGCGUGAGCAAGAAUUGCUUCAUGGAGUUGCUAAUGAAGUUGACCUGAAUGAAAAUACGAUCAACGACCUGCUUCUUGGGUUAGAGACACAUCUUAAUCUCAUGAAGGAAGGAACUGCGUACGAAGCAGCGGAAAGGCAAGACCCAUCUUAUGUUUCCAAUCGGGAACUUCAGUUGGCUUUCUUACGAGCGAGUCAUUUUGAACCAAAAGCUUCGGCUGAGAAACUGAUGAACUUCUUUAGAUACAAACAAGGCCUCUUUGGUGCAGAAAGCUUGGUUCGGGACAUCACUGUACAAGAUUUGGACCAAGAUGACCUAUCCUGUUUGUUGGAAGGCUAUUUUCAAUACUCCCCAUUUCGUGAUCGAUCAGGACGAAUGAUCCAUUUGGAGUUCCCCGGCGUUCGAUCCAAGACAGCUGUCCGCACAGAGUUGCGAGCCAGAUUUUACAUGUCAGCAAACAGUGUUGAAACAAUGGUAGACAUCAGCAAAGGAACUGUCAUCGUAUCUUAUAUGGUGGAACAGUAUAAAGAUCAUUUGAAAGGGGCGGGGUUCCUCGAAGCACUUAACUUGUUCCAGAAAGGUCUCCCCAUAAGGAUUGACGGAUUACACAUAUGUUAUAGCAAUCCAAUAGAAUGCAUGGUAACCAGGACGUGCAUUUCAAUACUGCCGCAUCGUGAACGCGUCAAAUCGCGUGUACACUUGGGAUCCCACACAGAAUGUCAAUAUUUACUCGCAAGCUAUGGCAUAACCAGAGGAGCUCUUCCUCUGAAGGGACUCGAAAGUGAGAUGGAUUUGAACCAUCAUAAUGCUUGGUUUCAGAGACGAAUCCUUCGAGAGAAAGAGCAACGGCAACAUGUAUCAUUCCCAAAUCCUUCUUCUGGUUCACCUGCAACGCCCCAACAUAACCUACCCAGCCAUGACACCGCAUCUGGCCCGAACAGCGGCAAUGAAAAUGAUGUCUUGUCCUUGGGUCAGAGAGUCAAAACUUUAGGAAACGAACGGCUGCUUUCGUUGGCGCUCAUUUACGCCACAGCGUACGCGAAUGGAAGUAUUUCCAAUCGACGGACCAUUGUAUCUGCAAUCAUCGAUGAAGUCCACAGGCAUGGAGGUAGAUUUCUAAAGCCAGACCCUCAAUCUGUUUCGCAAGCAGAUUCAUUGUCGUCACAGGAUGAAGGGAGGAUCACAUGGGUGGAACUAUCGCAAGAUGAACAACGGGCCAAGGUCACGCAGCUCUUUCGCAAUUUGCGUCGUCGACGCUCUCGAACGUGCAUCAGUCUUUCAAAUACACCAACAUUAUCAAGGCCUCCGAUAAUUUUAGAACAUAUUGGCCCAAACGAUGUCUUGUUUGGGCAACGGUCCGAUAAUCCAGGGAACCAACGACUACGAGAGAUAGUUGCGGGGCUAUCCGACGAAUACAGCCGCACCGAUCGCGGCAAGAAAAAGAAUACAGUAUCGCAAUUGAUCAAACAUAUUCAAAAGAGGGGGGGUCGUUUUUUAAAGCCCUCUGCUAAUCAUGAUGGAAGAUGGGAGGUGGCAUCCGAUGAAGCGGCCCAUGAGAAGGUGUCCAAACAAUUUCGUAAUAUGCGACGAUUGCGAUGA